UAAAUUUUUAGUCAGCCAUCAUCAACACAUCAGUGUUUCAUCCUGCAUUCAAAGAAUGGUGUUUUGCCAUGCAUGAAGUUGACAUCUUACAAGAAAAACAAUGGGCAAAAUGCCCAUCAUGUUUUAGAUCCAAACAUUUGUGUCAUGUUGAUGAAAACGCUAAACUUUAUAGAUACAAAAGUGUGCCAAGAGGUGAAAGAAAUUGCUAUUAUGGAAAUACAUUCAUUGAAGAUAAUGAACUGGUAGAGGAUCACUUGAACAAUGUUUAUUCCAACAACUCAGCUAAGGGUCAUUCAAGUAAUUCCUAUUGUGGUUCCUCUCAUUGGAAAGCUGCAAGGAAUACGGUCAACCGUCAAUCCAAACUAGAUGAAACUGGUCUUGUUGUAGCAGGCUGUAGACAUUCUCUGGCUCAAUCUGCUGUGAAUAUGCAUCAAGGUGAACUGUAUGGAUACACACAUUAUUAAUUUGCAGAUCAACCGACUAAUUCACCAUAAUGUUAAGUUCUUAUGGCAACAUGUGAUGAUU